AUGGACCUGAAGGCCCCUAAGGAGCUCCUGCUGUGCCUCAUGGCCCAACCUCAGCUCUCCGCCGUUAGCGCCCUGCUGGCCGUGCCCAUGGCGGCCGCGGCCGCUGCCUGUCUGGGCGGAGCGGGCGGCGGGGAGCAGCGGGGCCGGCUGCAGCCCUUGGGGCCCAGGCUGGUCUUUGACAACAGGAACAUGACCUCUCGGAAGAUCUAUGUGCUGCAGCCAUGGAUCACCAACCUGCUGGUGAAUUAUGAGGAGCCUGGUGCCUGUCAGAACCUCCUGGCUGGGCAGAUCCUGCAGGUUCUGAGAGACUCCUCCACUCCUGGCCAACCUGAGGUCCUCCAAGAUGCCAUCCUGCAGGUCUCAGAUGGCUCCUUCCACAUCCGUGUGGUGCUCACCUGCAAAGCUCUGGAGGGAGAGGAAGGAAGACACCAGAAGCUGAACCUUCCCAACCUGAUCUGCAGGAUCAUCGUGCUGCAGAAGUACACAGUGUCCUUCCAGAAGGAGGCCAGGCUGGAGGACUGCCAGUUCUACCUGACAGUGCACAAGUUCAUUGUGCUGCCCAUGGAGAGGCAGAGGAUGGAGUCCUCCGAUGGGAACCAGGAGCCCUCAGUGCAGCAGAAGAUAAAGGAGCUGUGGCUGAGGGGUCUGGAAAGGAAGAACACUCACACUGCAGAGCCAUCCCUCUCUCAGCUGAUUGCUGCCAUAGGACAGAGCCAGCUAGCAGUCCUGAAGGAGUGUGCUGAGGAGUGCUUGGACCUCUGGGUGCCAGGAGGCCUGGAGGAGCAGAGUGUCAGCAGCCAGUGGGAGGCAGAGCGCAGGAGGCAGCAGGGUGAAGACUUCCUGGUGCCAGCCAGCAUCCUGCUGAUCCCUCCUGAGGAGGAGGUCGUCGCUCCUGACACUUCCGGCACAGGCACAGGCAUGGUGGUGCCCGGGCAGAGUGACGCCGCUGUGCCCCACGACCAGGUGGCGGAGUCCCAGGGCAGCUCUGAUGACUCCACAGCCCUGUCAGACACCAUGGCGGAGUACCUGGACAGCCCCUGGAACAGGAACCCCCCAAUCUCUUUGACCCUGAGCUCUUCAGAUGGAGAGGCACCACUGGGCUCCUCUCCCUCCCUGCUCUGCUCCCCCAGCGCCACCAGCCCGCAGGGGCUGCCAGCCGCCAAGGCAGCCAGCGCUGUGCCCAGCCCCGUCACGUGCUCGCAGGCACCGGAGGGCACUCAACCUUCCCCGGUGGUGCCCAGCAGCCUCCCACCGCCGCCGCCCCCCAAGGGCACUGCCCGGUGCCAGCCGGCGGACUCCAGCAGCACAGCUUUGCCCCUGGGGGCCUCCCCACAGAGCACGGCCAGGGCCAGGGGGCACAGGGAAGGGGCUCCGAGUGCCAAGAGGAAGCUGCUGCUGGCAGAUGAUCAGGGGGCACAGCACCCCCGAGGCACCCCCAGGUUCAAGCGGAGAGACGCCAUGGGCAGGCUGGCAGCUGUGGGCAGCCAGCACGGCAAGAAGAGCAGGAGGGAGGAGACAGAGCUGCUGCAUGGGGAGGAGCUGGAGGAGGAGGAGAAGGAAGAGAAAGAAGAGGAGGAGAAGGAAGAGAAAGAAGAGGAAGAGAAGGAGGAGGAAGCAGCAUCCCCAGCUGCUGGCCCCAGUUCCAGAGCAGAGCAGCUCAGAACUCUGCAGCCGUAUGUGAAGAAGCAGCCAGCCCAGUACAGCUACGAGGCACCGAGCCCUGAGCUCUGCAAGCAGAUCAGAUCCAUCAGGCUCCCCAGGGCCAUGCUGCAGUGGGCAUGCUGGAUCCUCACCAGUGGGGAGAGCGACUCCUGA